AAACAUUUACUUGAAAACAAAAGGAAUAAACAUGAGGCUUUGCAUUCUUUUAAGUUUGAUUUAUGUUGUGAGAUCCCAGAGUUGUGGGCAAACCUCAUUUAAUCCAACACCUAGAGUUGCACAAAGUUAUAUAGUUGGUGGAGCAUUUGCAAGCGAAGGCGAUUUUCCAUGGCAGGUAGGGCUGAUCGAGAAUGGAUACCUGAUUUGCGGGGGAACCUACGUGUUGGGAAAUGAUGGUACCGUUAAAGUAGUUACAGCCGCCCAUUGCAUAACGGGCAAAAAUGUCAGGCCUGGGGAUUACAGAGUUGCGUUUGGGAUGCACAUUACAACUUCUCCAGGCACUAGACAAAUAAUUGACGCCACAUCGGUAACGCUCCACAACGGAUACAAUUCAAACACAAUGGCCAAUGAUAUCGCCGUUUUAAGUUUUGGUAAUCUGACACCGGCCGAUAUUGCAACAACUUUUGCGGCACCAGCAUGUUUGGCUACCCGGGCUUAUUUUGAUAACGAAGACGUGCUUGUAUCCGGAUGGGGUACCACAAGUGAAGGUGGAUCAUCUUCAUCGGCCUUGAAGUAUGUCUGGAAAACAGCCAUGAGCAGAUUCCGAUGUGAACAAACAAACAAUGGAGGCAAUUUAGAUGAUACAAUGAUGUGUGCUGGAGAAGCCGGCAAAGACGCUUGUCAGGGAGACUCCGGUGGACCACUUGUUGCAUACAGAAAUAAUGCAUGGGAACUUGUAGGUGUUGUCAGCUGGGGAUUUGGCUGUGCAAGAGAAAACAGCCCCGGAGUUUAUGCAGAUGCUUGGUACUUUAGAAACUGGUUGGCGCAAAAUUUGUAACUAUAUUAGUGUUUCGUUAAGUUUUGUUAUGGUUUGGAGAUGGACAUUUUGUUAUUUGUUACACUUCAAAACUGUAUUUAUGAAUAAAGUUAUCAUAAAGUUUUAA